GAGGGGUUGACUCUGCAAAGUGCUAAGUGAGCUCCUAUGGCGAACUCAGAAAAAGAAAGGAGCACCAGGAAUACAUUAGGCAGCGAGUAUCAGGUGUUCUUGAGUUUUAGAGGGCUCGAUACUCGUCGUGGAUUCACCAACAGCCUCUAUCAUGCCUUGGUAGAUGCCGGCGUUCGUGUUUUCAUCGAUGACGUAGAGCUUCGACCGGGUGAAAGAAUUAGUGGCAACCUUCUGGGAGCAAUCGACGAUUCCAAGCUCUACAUACCCAUCUUCUCCAAAAACUACGCUUCAAGUCACUCGUGCCUCCGCGAACUUGCGAAGAUGGUGGAGAACACCUCCAAAUCUGAAGAAGAUGGGAAGAAGAAGGUCAUACUGCCCAUCUUCUAUGACGUGAAACCCGAUGACGCGAAGUUGAAAACCGCGUUGUACAGUAAGGCCAUAAGGAAUUUGGAGCACAAGAUGGAGGAUCGGAAAAAGAAGUUUAGCUCCGAGGACGUAGAGACAUGGCGGCAGGCUCUCAAAGAAGUUGAUGGCACCAAGGGAUGGGAGCUAGAGAAAUAUUCAGGCCACGGGGAUCUCAUCAAGUCCGUUGUUAACGAGGUUGUGGUUAGGCUCAAGACAAGACAAAGACAAGUGACCGAAGAUUUAGUUGGAAUGAAGGUUCGAAUAGCAGCCAUAAACAAUUUAUUAGACAUUAAAUCCGGUGGUGUGCAGCUCAUUGGAAUCUAUGGAAUGGGUGGCAUCGGCAAAACAACACUCGCCAAGAGUGUUUUCAACCUUCUAUGUCAUCGCUUUGGGAAAAAUUGCAGCUUUCUUGAUGGUGUGAGGGAAACCGCAAAAACCAAGGGCUUGGUCCAGCUGCAGACAAAAUUAUUGUCUGAUAUCUCUUAUUCUGGAGCGGCUUGCAACAUUGACAACAUCGAUCAAGGGAUCAAUAUGAUUGAAGAAACAAUUUGCAACAAGAAGAUGCUAAUUGUAUUGGAUGAUGUCGAUGAGGGCAACCAAAUCCAGCAACUAAUCGGAGUGAAAUCUUUGUAUCCUGGUACCAGGAUACUUGUUACUACUAGGGACAAGAGUGUUCUGAAUAUCAGGAGAUUUAAGUAUGAAAUUUUGCCUUAUGAAAUGGAAGGGUUGAGCGAAAAAGAUGCACUCCAGCUUUUUAGUAGACAUGCCUUCAAUGACAGCUCUCCUCCAGCUAAUUACUACAGUCUUUCAAAAGGCAUUGUCGCCACUGCAGAUGGACUACCCUUAGCUCUUGAAGCAAUAGGUUCAUCGCUUUUUGGUCAGGAAAAGAAAAAAAUAUGGGAAGAGAGGCUAGAGAAGUUAAGGCAAACACCUCAUAAAGAUGUCUUGGGAAAGCUACGGAUUAGCUAUGAUGCCUUAGAGCUGGAUCAACAACAAAUAUUUCUUGAUGUUGCAUGCUUUUUCAUCGGUAAGAAGAAGACCGAUCCAAUGUACAUGUGGGAAGAUUGCGGGUUUGGCCCAGAGGAUGCCCUUGAUGUCCUUACUAAGAAGUGCAUGAUCAAGGUUUUAGACGAUGAUAUACUUAGGAUGCAUGAUCAAUUUAGAGACCUUGGAAAGGCCAUUGCUAAACAAGAGCAUAGUAGGUUGUGGGAUGACGACAUCAUUUGCCAAUUGAGAUCAACGAAGAUCAAGGAAAGCAUUCAAGCACUUCGUUUUUCAUCGGGUUUUUGGGAACCCCCUAUAACCGUCACUUCGGAGCAAAUUAAGCGGUUCCCGCGUGUGCGGUUUCUUUGGUUGUAUAAUGUCAUCUGCCAAGGCGACUUUAUAGGCUGUCUUCCGGAGUUGAAAUGGAUCACUUUGCAUUGCCUUGAUCAUUUUGAGGCAACCAAUUUGUUGCAUCUAGAAAACGUGGUUCUGGUGAAUCUUCUUGGGCUUGAUUUCACAGAAGAGGUGUUCGAGAGCCUAAUCAAGGGGGCAAGGAAAUUGAAGGUCCUCACUCUCGAAGAUAUGUCGUCGAUACAUGGUACACCAACUUUCCCCGAGUAUUCGGUUUUAGAGAAGUUGACUAUUUUUUACUGUUCAUCUUUGACGGAAAUUGACUGCUCUAUUGGAAAACUGAGAUGGCUGACCGAGUUGAGUGUUGAGUCAUGUUGGUCACUCCUAAAAUUGCCUGAACAAAUUGGAGAGCUACGAAAUCUUCAGUGCCUCUCUCUUAGGGAGUGCAAUAGCUUGAGUGAACUCCCCGACUCAAUUUCGAAACUAGUGUCAUUAACGAAGCUGGAUGUAUCCUACACGAGUAUUACAAGAUUACCGGAUUCCGUCGGUAGGCUAUCAAGCUUGUCAUUUGCCAAUGUAUCGUACACACCCAUUGUGGAAAUGCCCAAUACAAUGAGCAAACUUCCUCACCUCCAAACACUGAACUUGGAUCAUUGUUGUUGA